AUGGAGAAGAGGAUUGUGAGAAAAAUGGAUCUGCGGAUCAUGCCUUGGAUCAUCGUCUGCUACCUACUGAACUACCUCGACCGGACAAAUCUGGGGAAUGCCCGUACGCUGAACAACGAUAUCCCCGGUCACUCUCUUUCGGAGAGGUUGGACCUCCAGGGAGAUAGGUAUAACUUCAUUGUUGCCAUCUUCUUUGUGCCAUACGUCCUCUUCGAAUUCCCGUCCAACAUUGCCCUCAAAUACUUCACACCCUCGAGAUGGAUCGCCCGAAUCAUGGUAUCAUGGGGUAUUGUCACCAUGUGCACCGCGGCGGUCAGCUCUUACACCGGUCUCAUCAUCUGCCGAAUCUUCCUCGGUAUCAUGGAGGCGGGGUUCUUCCCCGGUAUCAUGAUGUACCUCUGCUUCUGGUACAAGCCUAACGAGCGAGGUGUGCGGAUGGCGCUCUUUUCGGCAUCGGUCGCGGUCUCGGGCGCUUUCGGUGGACUCAUCGCUACCGGUGUGUCCUUCAUGUCCGGCAAGGGCGGUCUUUACGGCUGGCAAUGGCUCUUCAUCCUCGAAGGUGCACCUACCAUUAUUGUCGGCGUCCUCGUCUGGUUCUACCUCCCCGAUUUCCCCGAAACCGCCAAAUUCCUCACGCAGGACGAACGCCAGCUUGCCAUCGACCGCAUGGGCGACUUUGCGCCCAAGGGGACCGACAAGCACUUUGACAAGGCCGACUUCAUCAGGACUGUCUGCGCUUGGGAGUUCUGGGCAUUCGCCCUCUGCUACUUCUUCAUGACUAACUCGCUCAACGCCUUUGGUUUCUUCGCCCCGACCAUCAUCUCCGGGCUUGGCUUCACUGGUUACAAGGGUCAACUCCUCACCGUCCCUCCCAACGCCUUCGCCUUCUUCGUGAUCAUCGGCAACUCGUGGUGGUCCGACCGCCGGAAGGAGCGAGUCAUGCACAUUCUCGGCGGCCUCGUCUUUGUCAUGAUCGGCUACGUCCUCCUCGCCUCCGUUGACAGUGUUGGCGGGCGGUACGUCGGCGUCUUUAUGAUCGCUUGCACGAACGCUGCGGUCAUCCCCUUCAUCGCGUACCGGACUGCUACGGUGACCGGAGCUACGAGUACUGCUAUCGCUACCGGUGGAGUGAUCGCUAUUGCAAACAUCGCCGGUGCUGUUGCUCCUUUCCUCUUCCCCUCUAAGGACUCACCAAGAUACUUCCCCGGUCUCUGGACCCUCUUCGCCAUGCUCGGUGCCGCAGGCUGUAUCGUCGGUCUGCUCUGGUACAAGCUCGGCGGAUCUAGCGAAUACCGAGGAAGCACGAUCGAGACUGUUCCCGCUGCUGCCGAGUCCGCAGAGGAGGAGUAUGGGGAUGAUAAGGAAGGGGGACUGGCGGCGGAUGGGGGUGUCCGGAUCAAGGAGUUGGGCAAGACGGCGACUAUGUGA